AUGCGCUUCAUCGCGAAGCACUCCCACAGAAUCGCUCUCACUAGCCGUCAGCGUCUCCUACGGGUCCUGUACCUUCUUUUCACGCGUUUCUCCCUCUUCUUCAUUGUUCUCCUGUUCUUCGCAUUUGCCUUGUUUUUCUCUCUCGUCCCCUCCCCCCCUCCGGCCGCCUUACCGCAUGCCUCCUCCGACAUCCCCUUCGACCCCUUCCAAUGCGGUUGCCACGACGCAGACACUUGCACCACAGCAGAGCCAGUCGGUUCUUUCUCCCCACCUCCCGUUUCCCGUAUUAUCGACCCUUCGCUGUCUGUAGACGAAAGAGAGAAUGAGAACAGGCGCCGCGCUGUGAGAACCGCCGCCAUGAACGCUUGGGACGCCUAUGUCGCGGGCGCAUGGGGGCAGGAUACGCUUAGACCUCUCACAGGCGAUGGGCUGGACACUCUAGGUGGGAUGGGGGCUUCGAUCGUGGAAGCUUUAGGGACUUUGUAUAUCAUGAGGCUCGAUUCGAGAUACGCCAAGGCAAGGGAAUGGGUGGAGAAAGAGUUGCAUUUUGAUAAUGUAGAGGGCUUUGUUAAUGUGCACGAGGUAACAACGCGGAUUCUAGGAGGCCUGAUCUCAGCGUAUCAGCUCACGGCAGAUCUCAUGUUUUUGCAAAAAGCCGAGGAUCUAGGAAGGCGACUGAGCCCGGCUUUCAGUACCCUGAACGGAGUGCCGUACCCUCGUUGCCGCUUGUCGGCAGUGAGGCAGCAGGGUUUUGAGCACAGCCCGUACAAGUGCGAGGGCACUGAUACCACCCAGUCGCAGGCAGGCGGCCUGUCUUUGGAAUUUCGAGCGUUGGGGUUUCAUUCGCUUCGGCAAGAGAUUCGGGGGAUUAGGUGCAAGGCCGAACGUGCUGUACAUGCUGUUGUUGAGGCCGGGCCAUUGUUGCUUCGCGAGCAGAUUACGAGUGAAUUAAUGCGAGCUCGCAACGUCUCGGGAGUGAAGGCAACCGGAGAGCUGGUUUCUCUACGAUAUGCUGAGAGGUUGCUUAAGUCCACCUCUGGGCUGUUUGGUUCGCUCAAUCCUACUUCGAUGGAGUCGUAUUACGCAUACAUGGUUGAGUUGUGGCAUGGCGCAGUUGAAACGGUGGGUGCCGGCCCGAUUGUGGACAAGAUGAACACUUUCUCCACACCUGCAAAAGGGUUCUACGAAUAUCUGACAAAGGCGUGGAGACAGGGAGGAGGCUGCGAGGCUUCCUUGCGAUACCCAUUAGAUGCAUCUAUGCGCAUGCUACUGCAACGUGCGAUUUAUCAAUCUCCGACGGGAGAUCUACACGUCCGCUCUUUUGCCGACGGCCAGAACGAAACUGACGCAGUUGUAGAGCAAGCCAUGUGCUACUUGCCAGCAGUAUUUCAUCUCGGUGUGACGCACAUUGGUGUUUCUGCAAGACAAGUAGAGCAAUGGCGGGAGGUCGCGGAAGGCAUUACAAAUUCGUGUAUCAAUAUGUAUCGACAUUUUCCAGGUAUGCUGGGCGGUGAAUCGGCCAGGUAUAAUGGUGGGGUAUGGAUCACGACCGGGGCGUACAGGUUGCAGUCUGAUUUGAUUGAUGCUUUGUUUUACAUGUGGAGAACCACGCAGGACAACAUGUACCGGGACGAAGCCUGGAAGACAUUCAUCAACAUCGACAGGGAAUGCAAAGUGCGAAGCGGAGCCUUCACAAUUCUCGAAGAAUCAACCAUAGGCAACAUCACGAAAGGCAAUAAUAUGCCUAGCGACUUUAUGGGUAGUACCUUGAAGAUGCUGUACUUAAUUUUCAGUGGCCACGACGUGCUGUCUUUGGACAACUGGUUGUUUAAUCGUGUAGGUCACCCUCUGCUGGUCACUCCAGGGAUCGGGGCACUCAGCCCGUGUUCAUAG